AUGGUGGCAUUGUUCUUCUUGCUGCUGAUUCUACUUCCUCAUGCAAUAAGCAAAUCUCCCAUUGUUAAAUGUCAUGUCCUUGAUCCAUACAUUCCACUUCAUCAAUAUCAUCAGGAAGGAGACCUCAUCAUUGGUGGCAUAGCCUCUCAUAGCAUCAUCAUCUCCAUUUCAAUAGCCUUCACCGAAAAACCCCUACCAACAUUGCAUGAAGAGCUAAAUGUGGUGCCAAAGAAUUACCAGCACAUCCUGGCCUUGCAAUUUGCAGUGAAGGAGAUCAACGAAAACCCUAAGCUCUUACCCAAUGUCACUUUAGGCUUCCGCAUCUAUGACAGCUAUUUCAAUGCCAAAUGGACCUCUCAUGCAACAAUGUUGCUCAAAUCCACACUGGAAACAUUUGUCCCCAACUACAUCUGUGACAUCGAGAAAAACUUGAUAGCCAUCAUUGGGGGACUGGACUCCCAAACUUCUCUUCAUGUGGCAACAAUCUUGGAUAUCUAUAAGGUUCCGCAGGCAUUUGGCUGUGUAUUUCCAAAUCAAGUGGUUGGCAGUGUGAAGGGGGAUAUUUGCACUGGGCAAGAGAAGCUGGAGAAUCUUCCUGGUCCUUUCUUUGAAAUGAGCAUGACCAGCCAGAGCUACAACAUCUACAAUGCUGUCUAUGCUGUGGUUCAUGCUUUACAUGCUAUGUUUUCAUCCCGAGGCAAACACAGACGAGUAAUGAUCAAUGGAGGAAUGAAGUUUGACAAACAACCGCUGUGGCAGCUCCACCAUUUUCUGAGGGGUAUCUCAUUCAACAACAGUGCUGGGGAUAAGAUUUCCUUCGACCGGAAUGGGGAGAUACUAGCUGGAUUUGAUAUUACCAAUUGGAUUCUUUCCUCCAACCAAACCUUUCAGAGAGUGAAGGUAGGAGGGGUGGAUUCCCUGGCUCCUCCACAUCAAGCGUUGACCAUCAAUGAGGGAGCCAUAAAAUGGCACCAUUGGUUUAACCAGACAAAGCCUGACUCUGUAUGCACUGAGAGCUGCCGCCCUGGUUUUUACAGGAAAGUAAAGGAGGGGGAAGCAUUUUGCUGCUACGAUUGCAUCCCAUGUCCAGAAGGGAAGAUUUCAGAUCAGAAGGACAUGAAUGACUGCUAUGAAUGUGAAGAUGAAAAGUAUCCAAACAAAGAUAAGAAUUUAUGUAUUCCCAAGCAUACAACAUUAUUGUCCUUUGAAGAACCUCUGGGCCUCAGCUUAGCCUCUUCUGCUCUUUUCUUUGCUUUCAUUACAGCACUGGUACUAGAAAUAUUUGUGAAGCACAGGGACACUCCCAUUGUGAAAGCCAACAACCGGGACCUCACCUACGCUCUGCUCAUCUCCCUCUUGCUUUGCUUCCUUUCUGCAUUACUGUUCAUCGGAUAUCCUAACAAAGUGGCAUGUCUCCUCCGCCAAACUGCGUUUGGCAUCAUCUUCUCAGUGGCUGUUUCUUGUGUGCUGGCAAAAACCAUCACUGUGGUUCUGGCUUUCAUGGCCACAAAACCAGGAUCCAGGAUGAGGAAAUGGGUGGGGAAGGGACUGGCAAACUCUAUUGUCCUCUCCUGCUCCCUUAUCCAAGCACUCAUCUGCACUCUGUGGCUGGUGAUCUCUCCUCCAUUCCCUAAUGCUGAUAUGAAGUCAGUGGCUGAAGAAAUUGUACUGGAGUGCAAUGAGGGGACGGUGACUUUUUUUUACUGUGUCUUGGGCUACAUGGGCUUCCUAGCUUUGGUCAGUUUCACUGUGGCUUUCCUUGCCCGGAAAUUACCUGACAGUUUCAACGAAGCCAAGUUCCUCACUUUCAGCAUGCUGGUCUUUUGCAGUGUUUGGUUGUCCUUUGUUCCUUCCUACUUGAGCACAAAGGGGAAAUACAUGGUGGCUGUGGAGAUCUUCUCUAUCUUAGCGUCCAGUGCUGGCUUGUUGGGUUGCAUCUUUUCCCCAAAAUGUUACAUUAUUUUGCUGAAGCCAGAGCUAAACAGUAGGGAACACCUAAUAAGAAGAAAAUGA